AUGGCUUCAAAGUCUUCUCUUCAUCCUUACUGGCCUCUUGAUGCUAACAUAAGGAACUAUGCUCCCAAUGAGUCCUCCAUCUUCAGCCUUCUAACGACCGCCACUGUCGCAACCUCCAUCAUUCUGGGAGGAACUUUGGCUCUCAUCAGCUCUUUACGACCGACCCUCUUGAAAGCAGAUCGAUUCGCUAUCUUGUGGUUUGUACUAUCUGGAGCCAUCCACUGCUGCUUCGAAGGAUACUUCAUGGUUAAUCAUGGCCACAUGGCGUCUGCACAGGACUUCUUCGGCCAGUUGUGGAAAGAAUAUGCGCUUUCUGACUCGAGGUAUAUGACCUCGGACACCUUGGUACUAUGCAUGGAGACUAUGACUGUGCUUCUCUGGGGCCCUUUGUGCUUCCUUGUUGCCUACACGAUCUUCAAACAGCACUCGCUCCGUCAUCCUAUGCAGUUGAUUGUUUGCAUGAGCCACCUGUACGGUGAUACGCUGUAUUAUGCCACGAGUUUGUUCGAUCACUAUGCGCAUGGACGAUCGUACUGCCGGCCCGAGGCGUACUAUUUCUGGGUUUACUAUUUCUUGAUGAACUUUAUUUGGAUUGUGGUGCCGUCCUACUAUCUUUAUCAAAGCAUCAGCACCAUUUCACAGGUGUUCAAGACUCUGAAGCAGGUAUCUGCGUAUCAAAAGGCUCGGUGA